AUGAAAAAUCACGAGAAUCGACCUACUGGCGCUGCACCACUCCCCGAAGUGAAUGAGGUGUAUGCCCACUACUCCAGGCGUGGAAAAGGUCGUGGCCCCGGUCGUGGUCAUGAUAAUAGUCGUGGUCGUGAUAAUAGUCGUGGUCGUUAUAAUGGUCAAAGAAGAAAUUAUUUUCUUGGUGUUAAUCACUCUUCAAAGAAAAAUCACCACCAAAAGGGGAAAAAGAAGGAUGAUAGGCAUGAAGUGCCAGAAGCACGUGGCUUAGAAAACAAAUGCUAUCGAUGUGGUGGAAGUGGACACUGGUCACGUACCUGUCGACGCUGUCGUACAGCAAAGCACUUGGUUGAGCUUUAUCAGGCAUCAAUUAAAAGAAAAGAGAAAAAUCUCGAAGCUAAUUUUAUCUCUGAAAAUCAAAUUGACAUCACACACUUGGAUGUAGCAGAUUUCUUUGAGCACCCUGAAGGAAAGAUAAAUCACUUGAUUGGUCAUGGUUCUGUGGUUAGAGAUGAUUGA